AUGGGGAAGCGCAAAGCAGUCAAAAAGCUCCUCAAAUCUACCCUGCCAGUGCCAGUCUACGAGUACGAACAAGGCGUCGCUAUCGAGGACCUCGUCAACUUCUCGGACGACGAAGACCACACAUCCCAACUUACGACAACGUCAACGGUUCCCGCACACAACACAUCAUCCGGCCCAAGCGGGGCCUCAGCGUCGACAUUGGCAUCUGCCCUCGCCCCCAAUUCGAUGGGCUCUGGUCUCGGGACGCCUUCGGCAUCCGAGAGCGACGCGGACGGAUUCCGUGACACGAUUCGGGAAAAGAUUAACGAGAAGAAGAAGAGCAGCAAACAGCGCUUUGCAGAACGGCAGGCUCGCAAGCAACAGGCUGUCCUCGACUCCGGCCCAGCGCAAGACAUCGCAUGGAACGCACAGCUCGAGAAGGAACGCCUAGAGGAGAUUGCCGUGAUCAGCGACGCUUGCCGUGUCCUCGGCCGCCAGAUCUUUGAGAUCCAGCCCGACGGACACUGCAUGUUCUCUGCCGUGGCUGACCAACUGGGGCUCCUCGCCAUCCUGCCGCCCGAACAGGCCAACAAUCCGUACACGACCCGCCGCUUGGCCGCACAAUACAUGCGCGAGCACAAGGACGACUUUAUCCCUUUCCUCCCGAGCGUGGAUGGCGAGGACAUGCCGGGUGCGACGGACGACGGGAUCAUGAACGACGCCCAGUUUGGCGAGUACUGCCAUCGCGUAGAGGGAACAGCUGAAUGGGGAGGCGAGCCAGAAAUCCAAGCCCUCUCGCGGGCUUUCGAUAUCCCGAUCCACGUCAUCCAGCGCGGCCCACCGACCGUAGUGUCACAUGGUGGGGCGGGCGAUGCGUUUGGAGGCGCGACGGAAGCCAAGGCUAGCGCAGCGGCGGGGGAGCGCGUUGUCCGCAUCUCGUACCACCGCAGGAUGUACGGUCUGGGCGAGCACUACAACUCUCUCCGUCCGGCAAAGUAG